AUAGUGGGUGGCUUAAGUUCUUGGGGAGCUGACAUGGAUAUCAUUGUGACGAUAAGCGUUGUGAUGGCAAUUGGUUUGACUGUUGAUUACGCUGCCCAUAUCAACUACCAUUAUUUUGUGCUGAACGCAAUGUUACCGCCUUUGGACCGCAUGUCUUUAUCCCUGGAAGCUGUCACUUACGCUACUGCGCAGGUAUAA